AUGGCUGAAGACAAUGGAGGGCUGCAGCAGAGAGACGCAGCAGCAGCAGCAGCAGCAGCAGCAGCAGCAGCAGCAACUUCUCCGUCUGUACUCACUUCUAUACGCAGGAGACUCCUAGGGCUGCUUCAACCAGAGCAACAGCAGCAGCAGCAGCAACAGCAGCAACAGCAGCAGCAGCAGCAGCAACACGUCCUCUGCGUUUUAACAGCCGACUCUCCCCCAGAGAACGAACUACCAGCAGCAGCAGCAGCACCACCACCAUCACCAGCAGCAGCAUCCCCAGCAGCAGCAGCAGGAGCAGCAGCAGCAACACCAGGAGCAACAGGAGGAGCAGAAGCAGCAGCAGCAACAGCAGGGGCAGCAGCAGGAGCAGCAGGAGGAGGGUUUAGUUUAUUGAUGCUGUUUUUAAUACUAUCAAAUUUGCUGCUGUAUGCUGACAGAGGCGUUGUCCCCGGUGCUGCAGCAGAAGUUGCUGCGUUCGUAGAAGCAAAUAUGACUGUGGGGUCUACCAGUGCUUAUGUAGGGGCAGGAGGUGCUGCUCUAUUCCCUAUGGGUGUGAGGUUGUAUCGAAUGCAGCAGCAGCAGCAGCAACAACAACAACUGCAGCAGCAGCAACAACAACAACUGGCGCCGCAGCAGCAAAUGCUGCAGCAACAACCCCAGCAGCAGCAGCAGCAGCAGCAGCAGCAGCUCGCGCUCGAACCGGAAACAGCAGCAAAUUCACCUCCACUCCCCACUUUUGCUGCAGCGGGAGAGCAGCAGCAACAGCAGCAGCAGCACGAGCAGCAGCAGCAGCAGCAGCAGCUCAAUUCCAUUGCGGGGAGCAGCAACGGCAGCAACAACAGCAGCAACAACGACAACAACAUCAGCAGCAGCACGAACAGCAGCAGCAGCAACAACGACAACAACAACAGCAGCAGCAGCAGCAGCACGAGCAGCAGCAGCAGCAGCAGCAGCAGCAGCGGUUUAGGGUUUUGCGAGCAGCUGCGCCGUGUGGAGUCGCUUCCUUUUGCAUGCAUUUGCUAUGCUUACGGUGUAUAUGCAGCUGUGCUGCAAGCAGCCGGCUCAUUUCUACCCUUCGUUUGUUUGUCUCUUUGCUUAUUUCCUUCGGAGAUAAAAGCAGCAGCAACAAUCAGUGCUACUGUAGCACUAGCAGGAUUCUCAGAGGCUCUUGAAGGGAGAGCUGCUGCUGCUGCUGCUGCUGAUGCUGCUGCUGCUGUCGCUGCUGCAUCGUUGCACGGGCCAAGAAGCUCUCAACCAGCAGCAGCAGAAGCAGCAGCAGUAGAAGCAGCAGCAGAAGCAGCAGCAGAAGCAGCAGCAGCAGCAGCAGCAGUAGCAGCACCGUACGCCGCUGUCGCUGCUAAGAAUAGAAGCAGCAAAAUUUGCUGCGGAGAAACGACUGCAGCAGCAGCAGCAGAAGCAGAAGCAGCAGUACCAGCUGCUGCUGCUGCUGCAGCAGCAGCAGCAGCCAAUGACAGCCUCACGCAGCAACAGAGGGAAUCUGCUGCCUUUGCAGAAGAGCGAUGCAGGCUGCUGCGUCUGCAUGAACUGUGUGGAGGUGCUGCUUACUCCACAGCUGCCGCUGCGGCAUUUCUGGUCGCUGCCUGCUACAUGGUCAGUUUGUCUCUCGCGAUUCUCAACUCUGUGCCUCAUGAAGGCCGCUUCUUAGCCAAUGCAAUUUGCAUCUGCUACAUGCAUGCGCUAGGAGAUGUGCCGUCUCCUUUCUUCUAUGGAUGGCUGAAGGACUUCCUCGCACCUGCAUGCGCCCAACUCGGGCCCGAUGGGAGGGUUACUGCAGACUGUUUGCGUGAAAGCAGCGGCUUGCGGCUGAUGAUGUUGUGUAUGUACGCUCCAAUUAUUUUAAUGUCUUUGGCUGUGUUCGCUGCAAAAUCAAAGGGAAAGGCGAUGCUGCAGCAGCAGCAGCAACAGCAGCAGCAGCAGCAGCAGUCGCUGCAGCAGCAGCACCAGCCGCUGCAACAACAGACGCUGCAGCAGCAGCAGAUGCUGCAGCAGCAGCAGAUGCUGCAGCAGCAGCAGAUGCUGCACUCAGGUGAAGAAACCACAAGGCAGCAGCAACCGGGGGGCCCCCUUAGCGCUUCCUGA